AUGCUGAUAGCCAGAAGGGAGUUCGUAAGUUAUAUUCAAGGACCAGCAGUGGAGCAGAACCGACCAAUGGAGCAUGUGAAGAAGAAUCAGAAGUCGAAUUCUCACAACACGCAACCAAUUCGAGUAAUUAAUGCAAUUCACGGUCGGCCAGAACCUGCUGAGGAAUCAGAUGAACUGCUUCGAACACGCCUUCGUCAGGCACGGAUGAAGAGAAUGAUAGGCAGUGUAAACACUCCGCACCAGCAGAGCGCAUCAACGCAGAUAAAGUUUGACGCAACAGACUUAUUGUGUGUUCAGAUCCCUCAUGAGGACCCACUGGUCGUAAGUUUGACAGUGGCUAAAUGCUUGGUGCGCAGAGUUCUAAUUGACCCUGGAAGUAGUGCGAACAUCUUGCCAAGAGAUACAUUCGAUCGGCUCGAGAUCAAACAGGAUCAGCUGAAAUCCACCGGGAAUCCACUAUUAGGGUUUGAUGGAAAGUGA